CCAAACAAAACAGUCUGCUGGACGGGACGGGGAAGAAAGAGAGAGAACUUCUACAGCUCUUGCUCAGUCUCUCUGGGGAAGUUUGGUUGCUCAUCGCCCAAUUUAAACUUUAAGUAAAACAGAUUUUGCAAAAUGAAGCUUCGCCACCUCCUCUUGCUAAUUCUUAUUGCAGCAGUAGUCUCUGCUCGGAAAGGCCACAAGAGGAAACAUGAACGAAAACAUUUGGUCAAAGAAAGCAUCCCAGAAAACGACAUCUUAGACAUUCUUGAAGAGGAUCAAGUGAGUGAAGAAAAGAAGCACAAGUUAGAUAAUGAAUUGAAAUUAGAAGAAUUCGAUGACGCAAGAGGGGGUUACGUGGAAGAUCCUUGCGCUAAACAUAAAUGUGGACCUGGAAAAAUGUGCGAGAUUAAUGAAGAAGGAAAAGCCCAUUGCAGUUGUGUUCAAAAGUGUCCAGAAGAAAUCGAUGACAGAAGAAAAGUGUGCAGCAAUCAUAAUGAAACAUGGGAUAGUGAUUGUGAACUGUAUAAAAUGAGAUGUCUCUGCACAGAAGAAUUAGAUGGCUGCAAACUGGACAAAUAUAAACAUGUGCACAUAAAUUACUAUGGACCUUGUAAAGAUAUUGGAGAAUGCAGCGAGCAAGAACUGAUUGACUUCCCUCGUCGCAUGCGUGAUUGGCUCUUCAAUGUCAUGCAGGAACUAGCCCGUAGAGAUGAACUACAUGGGCAGGUCUUGAAACUUGAAAAAGAAGCAGAAAAGACUCACGACCGCAAAUGGGUUAAUGCCGUUAUCUGGAAGUUCUGUGAUUUAGACGUGCAUCCUCGAGAUAGGCAUGUAUCUAGGCAUGAGCUCUUUCCCAUUCGAGCACCUCUGAUGGCGAUGGAGCACUGUGUAGCACCAUUUUUGGACAGUUGUGAUGCAGAUGAUGAUCACAAAAUCACUCUAUUAGAGUGGGGGAACUGCUUAGGUUUAAAAGAAGAUGAGAUUGAAGAUAAAUGCAACAUCAUGCACAGAGGCUGAACAGUACAAAAGUGAUGACACAUUCACAGCCAUUAAUUUAAAGUAGGGUAGAAUUUUUGUACAUGAAAAGUCAAAAAAAAAAAAAAAGAAAGAA